GCAACGUGCCCGCGCGCCUGCAUGCAUCCGUCAUAAUAAAAGACGACACGCCUGCUCCGGCUCCUGCCCGUCAACCCCGCCAUCGUCCGAAUACGUCUCCUCCCCCUCCAGCUCCGCGACGUCACUGUCCCCCUCUUCCCGUGGUGCAAACCGUCUCGCCUCGCAAUCCGCAAAACCUCGUUCGGUUCUCGCGCGGUCUGUCGCACACUCAUCGGCAUGUCGUACCAGGGUUACGGCCAGCCCUACGGCCAGCCGCCGCCGCCUCAGGGUUACGGCCAAUAUCCCCCGCCUCAAGGCCAGUACCCCCCUCAGGGCCAGUAUCCCCCCCAGGGCCAGUAUCCCCAGGGCCAGUACCCGCCGCCAGGACAGUAUCCUCCCCAACAGCAAGGAGGCUACUAUCAGCAGCCCCCUCCCCCGCCCCCCGGCCAGUAUCCUUCGUACGGCCAGCCGCCGCCGGCGCCGCCGCAGCAAUACGGCGCGCCUCCGCCUCAGCACUAUGGUCAUCACUCCCCGGCACCGCCGCCAGGCCAGUACGGCGCGCCCCCGCCGCACCACGGUGGUUCGUACGGAGCGCCGCCUCCUCAGCAAUACGGUCCCCCGGUCCCGCCCACACCUCCUUCUCCGGGCUAUGGUGCGCCUCAGAUUAUUCAAUGGGACGGCUCAGCGGAUGCCCAGGCCCUCCGGAGCGCCAUGAAGGGAUUCGGCACUGACGAGAAGGCACUCAUCCGAACGCUGUCGAACAAGGAUCCUCUCCAGGUCGAGGUCCUGCGGAAUGCCUUCAACCGAAAUUUCAAGCGCGAUCUCGUCAAAGACCUCAAGAGCGAGACGAGCGGGUGGUUCGAGUACGGGCUGGUCCAACUCGCCCGCGGGCCCCUCUCUGCCGACGUGCACAACUUGUAUGAAGCCAUGUCUGGGCCCGGCACCAAGGAGCUCGUCCUCAACGACAUUCUGCUUUCGAGGUCCAACGCCGACAUGAAGGCCAUUAAGAGUGCAUACUACCAGACGUACCACAAGAGCCUGGAGAAUGAUGUCAAAGGAGACUUGAGCAUGAAGACGGAGAGGCACUUUCUUAUGGUUCUGGCCGCGACGCGUGCCGAGGACGCUGCUCCAGUGGUGCCUCAGCAGGUCGACGAUGACGUGAUGCAAAUCUACAAGGCCACCGAGGGCAAGAUGGGUACCGACGAGAUCUUGGUCUGCAGCAUCUUGACGAGCAGAAAUGACAACCAGAUCCGUGCUAUCGCCCACUCCUACAAGCAAAAGUUUAACCGCGAUCUGGAAAAGGUCAUCAAGUCGGAAUUCUCAGGCCACAUGCAGGACGCGCUUCUCUUCCAGCUUCGAAACGGCGUUGACAAGUACAUGCACGCCGCAGACCUCCUCGAAGAAUCCAUGGCCGGCAUGGGCACCAAGGACCACCUCCUCGUGUCUCGUGUCGUCAGAUUCCACUGGGAUCGGAAUUUCCUGGCCAACGUCAAAGGCGCCUACCAGCAAAAGUAUCGUCGCAGCCUGGCGAGCCGCAUCAAGGGUGAGACGUCGGGCGACUACGAGAGGCUCAUGGUAGCUUGCAUUGGAGAAUGAGGCCAAGGUGGUCGACGCUUUUGACGCGAUGACGACGUGAUGAGUCGUGGGACGAUGCAUGAUGUUGCGACUUUGUUUUACCGCAGGCCAUCACCUGAAGCGGCAAGCAGAUGGUGCAACAUGAUAUCAGAGAUUGUGUACAUUAAUACCAUCGCGGCGGGGAUUGCUGUGGUUGGCUUCACUCGACGUUACAUGGUUUCACGGCCACAAAUGGCAGAGGCUCGCUUACUUCAAAUCACACCACGGCGCUAAAACACGGCCUCCCUUCCUG